AUGCUCUCUUCAUCAUCUUCCAAACCACCGACGCAGCAACUGCUACAGUCUGCGGACCUCAUUUCACAGGGCGCUGAAGCUGCAAUCUAUAAAGCAUAUUUGCGUCAAGUCUCGACAUCGGGCCUUAGCACUGAUCACGGUGCAGUUCUUGAGGCGCUGGAGCCGGUUCUCUUGAAGUACCGGUUCCACAAGCACUACCGCCACCCAUCGCUUGAUGCAUCACUCACCCGGCAACGCAUAGCCGGUGAAGCCCGCGCGUUGAUGAGAUGCAUGCGGUCCGGUGUUGCUGUACCCGGAAUCAGGAUGGUGGAUGUGAACGAAGGUGUACUGGGUAUCGAGUGGAUAGAUGGCAAGAGUGUGCGUCAACUUCUACCCGGUGGAGCUGAACUCGAGGACAUCAGCGAGCUUGAUGAGCCGGAUAAGAUGGAUGAAAUCCAUGAAAAUGACGCUGCAGACCCAAUCGCUGAUUACGGAAUUUCUCAAGAUGCCCUGAUGGAUAUGAUCGGUGUUGAGAUUGCAAAGAUGCACUUGGCCGACAUAAUCCAUGGUGAUCUGACGACCUCGAACAUGAUGUUGAGGAAACAAACAAAUGAUUUGGUUCUUAUAGAUUUUGGACUCGCUUAUCAUUCUACUCUCGUAGAGGAUAAGGCUGUGGACCUUUAUGUCCUGGAACGCGCCUUUGCUUCAACUCAUCCUGACUCGGAGCCACUGUUCGCGGGUGUGUUGAACGCGUAUGAGAAGCGUAUGCGCAAACAUUGGCUGCCAAUUAAAAAGAGAUUAGAUGAUGUGCGACUGAGAGGGAGGAAACGGAGUAUGGUUGGUUAG